AAAAAAAUAUGAUGAUAUAUACAAGGCCCAAACUCCUCAAAAUGACAAAAGCGAUUUGAUUAAGUCCCUACUUCCAAGACGUUUUAGUCUAUUCCCAAAUCCUGGAUUGCACUGGCGAUUCAUAAAGAUUAAUGCUCAGAACCUAACCGGAAUUUUCCCAGAUGCUAAACAAAAAAAAGCAAACUAAUGAAUCAUCUCCUUUCGAUCAUAAACAAAGAUGCUUCUAUCAAAUGUUUGACUUUAAGAAGCUGGGCAUUCAAAGUUGUGAAAAGCUUCAAGCACUGCCUGAACAAAAAGGAAAGAUGUUUCUCAAUGGAUUGUAUACUGAUGGCUACACAUGCAGAGUUUUAUUUGCUAGAAAAGCGCUUCCGUCAUCACCAGAAGACAAUAUCUGUCUAGAGUUGAACGAUUUUACAAGCGAAGAGGUGGACAAGCAUUUCUGUCCAUGUACUGUAGACCCAGGAAGACGGGAUCCGUUCGUCUCUUAUCACGGUGGCACUGACAUACGUCGCUUGUCCUCAAUCGAAUAUUACAAUAUGGGUGGAAGUGUAAGACGAAUGAAAGAGCAACAGAAGCGCAAACAGAGAUUAGGUAUUGAAAAGAUUGAAACAGACAUUCCUUCGCCUAAAACUGCGUCUGUAGAACAAUUUGUUUUGUACAUAACUCACAUGCUACAGCACAUGAAUACUUUGCUUAAUUUCUAUGGCUUUGAAGCUUCUAAGAUUAAAUGGUUGAACUAUCUUAGUUCCCAAAAAGCCAUCCAAGAAAGUGUCAACAUCUUAAUAAAUGGUGGAAAGAAGUAUAAUAAAAGCAGGAGAAAGAAGACAAAGGAAAACAGAAAGAGAAGGAGGAAAACUCGUAAGCCUCGUACUGCUCAAGAAGAAAGAACACUCACCACCAUCCCAAAAUCAAAAAGCUUACAGCAGAAACAACAAAGUCUGUUUUGGAAAGGGAAACAGCAGCAAGAUGCCUCUGGUGGUCCUUGGUGA